AUGGCAGGACGGAGCUUUGUGGACAUCGGAGCGAACUUGACAAGCGGCCAGUUCCGUCGAGACCUGCCGCAAGUGUUGCAUAGAGCCAAGCAGACAGGUGUAGAGACCAUCGUCAUCACGGGUACCAGCGUGUCCGAGAGCCGCUCCGCUCUACAACUGGCCAAGCAUCAUACUGCAUCUUCAGGUGUAGCGCUAUUCUCGACUGUCGGGAUGCGGUCGAUCAUAACAGGCGAAGACGGACACCUCGUAGUGGCUGUGGGCGAGUGCGGACUCGAUUUUAACCGCGACUACAGUCCCCGAGACGCCCAGGUGAAGGCAUUCAGGGAUCAAGUCGCUCUGGCCUGUGAGCUUAAGAUGCCUCUGUUUGUACACGAGAGAGAAGCUCACGAAGCGUUGGUGGAGGUGCUCCAGCCUUUUCUAGACAGCAGAACAUUGCCACCAACAGUGAUCCAUUGCUUCACAGGACAAGAGAGCGAGUUGCGGAAGUAUCUUGACAUGGGAUUUUACAUUGGCCUUACAGGUUUCUUGUGUAUGGAAUCUCGGGGACUGGUAACCGACGCGCCAUAUAUGUACCCGUAUAGUGAGGGAAGACAGAAGAAACGUGCACGUUGUGAACCAAAGGAUGUCGCAGCUGUAGCGCAGACACUGGCACGUUGUUACGGUAUCACGGAGGAUGAAGAAAUUGAAGGCUCUAUCGUACUCAACGGUGGUGAUGGAGAAGGUGGAGGACAAUUGCUACGUAUUGCGACGGCUUUGGCUGCUGUGACGCGACGUGUUGUGCGUGUACAUUCCAUCCGUGCGAACCGAAAAGCUCCAGGCUUAAGGAGCCAACAUUUAAGUACAAUCGAGCUCGUGGCUGCCUUAUCAGCUGGUGGAGAGCUGUCCGGUGCUCGGUUAAACUCGACGGAUCUCACUUUUGAUGCACGAUCGGCGCUACUGAGUGCAUCUAAAGGUGAAGCCUUCAAUGGAGCCUCACGUACCGGUGGUAGUAUUUCACUGAUGCUCCAAGGUGCAUUGCCAGUCUUGGCUUUCCGUGACAACUCGACGCAGUUGAACUUACGUGGUGGCACACACGUCGGCUUUAGCCCGACAAUCGACUUCAUGCAGCUUCCUCUUUGCAGUCUCCUAUCACGAUUUGGACUCGUGUACAACGUGGAAGUAUCCAAGCGAAUGUUCUUCUCUGGAGGUGGCCCCAGUGGCCAAGUGCAAGUUUCAGUGAACUCUAUUGGUCAGAAGACGCUGCAAGCUAUCGACUUAACCGAGUCGUCUACCUCUGUGCGUAAAAUAUUCCUCCGAGUGACAACAUUUGGCUCAUCAGCGAACGAGAACAUGGCUGAACACUACGCAAUGGAAUGUAUCGUAGAAACCACAACAGCUACCAACCAGAAGAAGACUCUUAAGUUCCGUAAACCCAAGGAGAAGACGGCUGUGUCUGCUCUAGUCGUGCUGGAAACUGCGACCGACGGCGUGAUCGCGCUUGACCGUACAGUUAAUGUGAACGAGUCCACUGCCAGUAUUCUGGCGGACCAGAUGAGCUCAAAGAUCACCGAGUACGUCCAGAGUGGCGUCUGUGUUGAUGAACAUCUCGCCGAUAACGUCGUCGUGUUUAUGGCAUUGGCACAAGGCACUUCUCGUCUUCGAGUGCCAUGCAAAGCGCAACGCACGUCACAGCACUUGGAGACGGCGUUGGAGAUUGCAUCUCGCCUUACGGGGGCUACGUAUCGCCUUGUAGAGGAAGAAACGACUGCUAUUCUCGAAGUUCACGGUGUAGGUUAUCAUCGUUAA